ACGAAUUUACUCAACGAAUGGAGCGUGCCGCGUAGUGAACGGAUUACCUUUCGCGUUGAAAAUGUCCAACCGAACGUUAGAAGAUUGGGAAGCAAUCGCAAACACACUGACGAAGGAUGAUGCCGCCGAGGAGGAUGAGGAGAUGGACACACUCGAAGCACUGGAGGCUAAGAUGAGCAAAGUGCCGCGCGGGAUGUUUGUCAGCGGAUGGGAUGAUCCGGACGAUUUGAUCGAAGAAGACAAAGAUCCAAAAGCCAGCUUCGUAAGACAUGUGCUGUGGGCGGCCGGAGAGAAUAAGCAGGACAUUGUGGAAGACAUCGUAAGCCGUAAUCCGUCCGUGGUGCAUGCUGCCGACAGCGAUGGGUACACGCCGCUACAUAAGGCUUGUUACAAUAAUAACCGGGAAAUGGCCCUGCUUCUGCUGCGAUAUGGAGCCGAUCCGAAUGCUCGCACACAAAUGGGAUGGACACCGUUGCAUUCGGCCUGCAAGUGGAAUAAUGCGGCGUGUGCUGCGUUAUUGUUACAGCACGGAACCGAUGUGAACGCUCGCUCAGAUGGCGAUCAAACGCCACUGCACAUUGCCGUUACGGUAUCGAGCUGUCGGUCGACUUUGCUAACGCUUCUGAUGAAUAGACGGUGUGAUCCGGAGCGCCGGAACAAUUCGGAUGAAAAGGCUGAGCAGAUAGCGAAGCGCAAUGGUGAUUGUUUUCCAAUGUUUGAAAUGGCCCAUUCCGCAUUUACCGUCGAAACUGGCGUGAUCGAUUAACGAGGGGUCGCUUCAGGGCAGCUGACAGGGCAAGAUAAUUCGAUGUAACGGUAUAACACAAGGUGAUUGAAAAACAGAAUGUGUUAUCGCAGCAGGCGUGUUUUGUUUCUUUCAAUCAUUUUACCAUUAUCACGUCAUUGAUCUCCUUCCUCUAAAGUGAUAUCAUGUAAAUUAUUAUAUAAAAAUAGAUUAUUUUGAGAUCAUACACGUUUCACGUCAACAAAAUACUGAUGAA